AGUCAGGGAGAAGUUAGAGUAGACCUCAGAGAGACCGAGACAGAGAAAGACCCUUGAAGCACAGGCAGAGAGAAGGGAAGGAAGGAGGGAAGGACAGGUAGGAGUUUGGAAAGAAGGGGAAAGUGGGACUUCAGUGACCUAGUGGUUGACUCUUACUCUGUGGGCUAGUGUAGUCAGGUGAGUACGCCAGGAUAGUGUGUGCGUGUGUGUGUGUGUGUGUGUCUUAGUGUAGCACGUGUGUGUGUGUAUGUGAGAGAGCAUGGUACAUACAACCAUGGAGUCGGAGCCGUUAGACAGCCGAAAUGUUCAACUGCUCAAAAGCAACGGCCGUCUGCUGAAGGCUGCGCUGGCCGUGAGUGUGUGUCUGUGCUGCGUCCUGCUGCUCGCACUCAUACUGGACGCUGGCUUGUGUACACAAAGUGUGGCUCAAAAAAGUGAGGAUCAGGAGUUCUGUCUGACAAAGGAAUGCAUCGAGGCAGCGGGCUCCAUCCUGAGGAAGAUGGACCGCUCGGUGGACCCGUGUGAGGACUUCUACUCGUUUGGCUGCGGGGGCUGGCUGAGGGAGCACCCCAUCCCAGAGACCUCCAACUCCUUCGGGAUCUACUCCUGGCUGCGGCAGCACGUCAACAACAGACUCAAAGAUCUGCUGAAAGCGCCGUCCAGCCCCGGUGAGCUGGAGGCGGUGACCAAGGCGAAGGUGCUCUACCGCUCCUGCAUUGACGAGACGAAACUAGAGCAGUUGGACUCCCGGCCCCUACUAAAGACGCUCCGACAGCCAGAGUUCCGCUGGCCGGUGGUGGGGGAGGGGCUGUUGGGGGACUGGCAGUGGUUGCCGGGGCAAUGGGACCUUCAGAAGACGCUGUCCGCCAUCAGGGCCCAGCACAGCAAGAACAUCCUGAUUCGCCUGUCCGUCGCCCCCGAUGACAAGAACUCCACUCAUCAUAUCCUCAAGCUGGACCAGGAGCUCCUGACCCUGCCCUCCAAAGAGGACUACACCUCCAACACCACCUCCGCCAAGGCUUACCGGGCAGCCCUGCUCUCUCUCAUGGUGGACAUUGCCGUGAUGCUGGGCGCGCCGCAGAAAGCAGCUCAGGUCCAGAUGGAGGAAGUUCUGGCCUUUGAAAUUAAACUGGCUAAGAUGCUGAUUCCGUUUGAGGAGAGAACCAGUGAGAACAUGUACAACAAAUACACUCUGUCACGCUUACAGCGGCUUAUACCAAAGUUUGACUGGCUGGCCUACGUCCGGGCUGUGGUGGAGUCCGCCGGUGACCCGUCCCUCUCCAUCUCCCCCUCCGAGCCCGUCAUCGUGAGAGCGCCGCAGUACUUUAAAGACCUCUUCAAACUCAUCAACACAACCGACCCAAGGACAGUGGCUAACUAUGUUCAGUGGAGAUCUGUGUUGUCCCGGACAACCGCCCUGAGCCGGCGCUUCCUCUACCGGUACCUGGACUACGCCCGGGUUACCACGGGGACCACCUCGCUGAUGUCACAGGUGGACAAGUGUGUCGGUUACAUCAGGAACCUGCUGCUCCUACCGACCGGACGCCUCUUCAUCGACACACACUUCCAAGAGGACAAGAAACAAAUGAUGGAGGAGCUGGUGGAGGGGGUGCGCUGGGCCUUUGUCGACAUGCUGGAGAAGGAGAACUCCUGGAUGGACGAGCCGACCAAGAAGAGAGCCGUGGAAAAGGCUGAUGCAGUCCUGGCUAAGGUGGGCUACCCCGAGUUCUACCUGAACGACACCUACGUCAACGAAGACCUGAAACAUCUGUCCUUCAGUGAGACUGACUACUACGGGAACAUCAUGCAGGUGUUUGGCCACAGCGCGAUGGACGACAUCCGGAGGCUCAGGAAGAGCGUUCAGCGCACCGAGUGGUACACAAGUCCGACAACGGUUAACGCCUUCUACAGCUCAUCCACCAAUCAAAUCAGGUUCCCGGCGGGGGAGCUUCAGAAGCCGUUCUUCUGGGGGAACGAGUACCCAAGGUCUUUAAGUUACGGGGCCAUCGGGGUGAUAGUCGGACACGAGUUAACCCACGGCUUCGACAACAACGGACGCAAGUACGACAAGAACGGCAACCUGGACCAUUGGUGGAGCAACGCGUCCAUCACGGCCUUCAACGAGAAGUCCCAGUGCAUCGUCAACCAAUACAACGACUACCGCUCGGAGGAGGCGGACCAUAACGUGCUGGGAAAGAGGACCCUGGGUGAGAACAUAGCGGACAACGGUGGAAUACGGGAGGCCUUCAGGGCCUACCGGAGGUGGCUUGACCAGAACAGAGGUGGGAAGGAGGAGCCUCUCCUACCGGGAGUGGGAAUGACCAACAACCAGCUGUUCUUCCUCAGCUACACACACGUGCGGUGUUACGCCUAUAGACCAGAAACAGCCAGAGAACUGAUUCAGACUGGAGCCCACAGCCCUGCAAAAUACAGGGUCAUCGGCUCCAUGAGCAACUUUGAGGAGUUCCGCAAAGCCUUCAACUGUCCCGUCACGUCCCCCAUGAACCGCGGUGCAGAGUCCUGUCGGGUUUGGUAAAAAAAUAAAUACACAACCCCCCCCAUGGACCCCCCCAUGGACCCCCGCACUAAACCGCUGUUGGCCCCACCAGAAGAGGGCCAGCUUCGGGGGCCAUCAGAACUGCAGAUCAUGUCCAACCGUAGCAGGUCUUAAUUCCUAUUCAACGCUUUGGUAUGGAGUUCGGGAGGAAAGACAUUGGCGGCUGACAUUCUUAUGCUAGUUCUGAAAAGAUGUUUGGUAUCCCCCCGGCAUGGUGAAUUGUUUCUGAUUAUAGAACAGCAUUAUUGAAUACCUGAUUCUGAUUGGUCUAUAACGUUCCAAUGGUGUGCGUUAUUUUUCCAUAAAAGCUCUGCCUCUUGACACUUCCUCAUCAAUGUGCUAUAAAAUAAGAUAAAGCAGUACGCAAAAAAGCACAAAGGAAAAAUAUUUGGAUGUCCGUGUAUGAAGGCCAUUAUAAAACCAUAAUUUUAUAAAUGAAAUGACGGUCACUCAUAUCUAGUCAUUGUUGGUUUUUAUUGGAAAAUAAUGUACUUUGUCGUACAUCAUAUAAUAUGGAAUGCCAUUGAAGUCACUAUUGAAUAAAGAAACAAUUACAUACAUAAAUAAAUAUGCCUAUUAAAUAAAUAUAUAAGGACAUUUUAUAAAUCCUGAAAUAAAUAAUUGAGGCAAUAAAAUAAUAAGAAAUAUUAUAAAUUAUAAAAUAAUAUAUAAAUGAGUCAAUAUAGUUUAAUAAAUAAACAUGUAUUUAUUUAACUAUAUUGAAUUAUUUAUAUAUGUAUAUUCACAUUUAUUUAUAUAUAUUUUUGUCAAGAUAGUACCUCAUGUAUUUAUUUAAUAUUGACAAAAAAUGGCAUUUCAUAGUAUAAACCAAGAAUGACCUGAAUGAAAUAGCCUGUAAUGGUAUAUAGGGAACACAUUGUAAGAACGAAGCCUCAUUAAAAAACUCACAUUACAUACUUUGUAUUACAGUUUCAUCAUACAGUAUUUUGUCCUAAUGUUUUCCGGUAUUUCUAAGUCCUGUUACGUUUUUUUCCAAUUCACAGUACAAUAUAUAUACACAAUUAAGAACCCUUGCUAAGCAAAGGCAUCGGCAUAGCUUUGUUUAGCUGAAAACCCAGCCAUUAGAAAGUGGCUGUGUAUUUGUCUUGCGAGCAGAAAACAGUGAGUGAAAAAGACGAGAGUCAUCGAGGCGGUUAGAAAUGCCAAGAUGACACACUGUAUGAAACACUACCUUUUUUUUUUUUUUUUUUGCUAUUUCUUUAUUUAAAUCGCUGCUGCCCUAGUUGUUAUUCUGACAGCUUUUCAACUAUAUCAGACAUUUUGGGUAUGUUUGUUUUUCACCUCUCCAUGGUUCGCUGGCUUCCUGUUUGUGUGGCUUGUUUGUUUCUGUCAAUAAAAACAUCAAAAGCUCCAUUUGUGUAUG